AUGGAUAUUGACAUUGUGAGAGAUAGAUUCGGUCCACGUGUACAAAACAGUUCUCAUUCACAAGUUCAGCUGCCGAAAAGCACUGGUGAGACCGUGGUGCACUUCAAUCGUCUGGUGCUCUGCGAAGUGACGGCAAACGUGAUGAGCAACUGCUUCAAGAUUCUUGGAAUUCGUGAAGUUCCCCGAAUGUGA